GCGAAUUGUAUGUGCGGCUCUUCGAGGAUCUGGAUCCAGAACCUAUUAGAGGCAAAAAUAAUCAGUCUGAAUCUGCUAGUGCAGCUUCUACAGCCGCAUCUUCAACACAGGACGCGAGUGCUGCAAUGAGUGGCAAUAUUAAGAGUAGGUUAAAGGUGCUUUUCUUACCGCUUUUUAUGCCUCUCCUAAGCCUAAGGGAGAAAGGCAUAACAAGCGGGGUAAGCGAGCACCAAAAGCCUACCUCUUCUAACAAUAUAAAAAUGCAUGCUCCAGCACCAGUUGAACUCUACACCCCAG